GAUGUUUUAUCUUUCACAUGAACUUUCUGAAGUAAAAGCCACUCGUGUUGAUGAAGACACGAAGACGUCGGGUUCUAUGUGCUUUUUAGUGCAUUUUUCAUCCGAUCAUGUUCAGAUGGUGUUGAGUUCCUGGAGUUUAUGAGCAGAUUCCACAUGGACGACUCACUCGCGAGCAAGUCGUGACUUUAGUUGUGAAGCAACAUUGGAAUUUCCUCAACAUCACAGAACCAAAGGAAUUAACGCUCAAUGCUAUGUGUAAUUAUUGUGAUUAUAGAGGAGUGUGAGGUGUGAUGUGAGCUGAAUAACAGGGUGAUGAGGGUCAUGUGUGUUUGAGACAGAGGGACAGAAGAAGACAAUGAAUCCUGUGAGGAAGGACAUGGAGCUGCUGAGCAACAGCAUGGCCACCUACGCUCACGUUAAAGAGAACACGGAGAGCUUUGCGCUCUACUUCAUGCUGGGCGUGUGUUUCGGUCUGCUCCUGGCUCUGACGCUCCUCAUCCUGGGCUUCGCCUGCAGGCCUAGAAGAAGCGCAGUGAAGAAACCUUCCUCAUCUGACCAGAAAAGUCUCAAAGAAUCCAGCGAGGAAGAUGAAGAGGAACGACUAGACAAUUGCGACGAGGAAGAUGUGCCCGACGUCACCGUAUCGCCUACGAGCGAGCAGAACCAAUCCAAUGGGACCACCAGCGGCGUGAACGUCUUCUCCUCAGCCGACGAGCUGGAGAGAGCUCGCCGUUUAGAGGAGCGGGAACGCAUAGUCAGAGAAAUCUGGAGAAACGGACAGCCGGAUAUCCUGGCCUCCGGGACGGGUACGCUGGGACGCGUGCACUAUCACUAGUGACGUGCAAAAGAUUCAUUUCAGAUGUGUUUCAUAUGAUUUACUGUACAGUGAGAAUUUUGCACUUAUUGAGGACUGACAGUGACAGUCUCAUAUAUUUUGUACACUUUUAAGAAUAAACCUUUUAUACCACAUGA